CUAUAUUAUGGCCAAAGUGGUCGCAUGUCACGAUGCAAUCAUUGUCAUGAGCAUGUUGAGAGACUAGUUAGUGGGAUGGCUGGUAUGCAUGACUACGAUUCAUUUGAUUGGUACACUGUCACUAACGGUGCACCUGGGGGGUUCACGCACCGAGAGCGGGCGCGUAUGUACGUAUGUAUGCACGCCUGGGCCAUGUUGGCCGUUAUCGAGUCUAAUAUCGCUAGAAGACUGCGGGCCUAAAAGACUCAGGCAUGUAUAUGUGCGCAAGACAUUAGAGUCAAGAAAGAGAUGGCAGCAGGAUCUAGCUAAUGGCAUAGAGGGUAGAGGCAAGGGGCUUGGGUGGUACGAGGGCGACGCGACAUGCGCCCUUGUUGUUGCACCUCAUUGGCAGUAUUCAAAUUGCGAGGCUUUCCAGACUUUGUGCCUUUGCGUACCUGAUAUUGAAAGCGGUGCCCCACCACAUGGCCUAUGUCCCCCUGUACGUUAUUCUCCCGACAUGUCUGUUUACCAAAGCUUAUGAGGCCGCGUGC